AUGGUCACAAAACUUUCAGGCGGGGACUUAUUAACUUAUGCGAAAGACUUUAAGACAGUAGUUAGUACGUUCAAUAUCGGUCGAACCAAUCAAGUCCAAGUGACACGUCCGGAAGAAAGUCUUGGUUCGAAAACUCCUAUCUCUGAUUUAUACAACACGGAAGAUCAAGCAUUGCAUGCUGUAGUCGAAAAUACCAUCUUCCUGGGAGAUGAUAAUCAAGUUUUACAACACCUAGAGACUGCACAAGGAUCCGGUACCCUCAAAAUUUUUGCUGCUCCAAAUUUCAUGGAUACUGGAUCUGGAAUGCAAAGAGAAAAAUCUCGAAAAAGCAUUUAA